AUGUCUCGACCACCAGCGCACGAACCUUCGCCGCGCAAUGAUCCGCAAUAUGCGCAAAUGCUGCGACCUCAUGAUAUGAUCCGCCGGGUGACGCCGCAGGUACUGCAGGUUCCGGUACAGCACUCGUACAGUGCCAUGAUGCCACCGGCGGCACCAGCACCAAGCCAAUCGCCAAAGCAUGCCCAAAAAUCGCCAAGCCCAACACAAAAAACGAUAAACCCAAAGACCGUGCUGGUUAGCGGGAUGCCAAAUGAGAAGGAGGAUGAUUUAUGGAAAUUGAUGUUCAAAAGACUGAAAGCCCCCGAAGGGGAGAGCCUGAAAAACAUCAACCACCACGAUAAUGGAAAUUGCCUGCUGACGUUCGAAUCGGAAGUGACUGCCAAAUUGUUUAUUGAACACUACAACGGGAAACCUUACCCUUUCGACUCUAGGUAUCAAAUGCGGAUGAGCUACGGCGAGUUCAGCAUCGAGCGCCAGAUACCCAACAAGAAGAAGCUGCGUAUCACGGGGCUCAGCGCCGAUUGGACCGCAGAGGUCAUUUACAAACAUUUGCUCGGGUCGAGCCCCAUGGUGAAGAAAGGAGUCGAAGGGGUAAAACCGAAGUUAGACAAGAGGACGGGGCAUUGCCAAGUGAUAGUCGACUACACCUCUGAAGCCGCUUGCCAAGAGGCCAUUGAUCGAUGCCAAGCAAAUUAUGCGGGAACGACCCUGGAGGCUAGCCAUCUACUCGUCCCGGCUUCAAGCCUUCUUCCAAGUCGCACGAAGCUCGUCAUAAAAGGCUUGCCUAAAGAUGCCACCAACGAAGAGGUCGUGCGCUACCUCUUCAUGAACGAUCCGGCCCUAAUCGUUGAAAGCGUCACCGUCUUCCGCAAGAUGUGUGUGGCCGAGUUCAAGACGGCAGAGGCAGCUAAAAACAUGUUCCACGAUAUCGACAACAAACAAUACCGCGGUCAAGGCGCAGCGCUUCAGGUUGAAUGGUUCAAGCCCAAU